CGGGAGGUGGGCCGGCAGUUGGCCCCGGCGGGCCAGGGAGGGUAAGGGUCCGGCGCCGGCCGCCUGCGUUCACCACUCCCUUUCCCCCUCCGCCGCCGCUCCUCAGGCCGCACCGCCUCGGGAGCCCCCUUCCCUGGCCCGCGGACGGCCGACUGGGGGCCCGGGGCUCGGCCAGCGGUGGGGGAGGGGGCUGCGUGGUCUCGGCCCCCGAGAGGGGAGGGGCGACAAUUUCUGUCCGCCGAACUGAAGGGGUUUAAAGGGCGGCUCUUAAAGGGGCCGCAGUAGGGGCCCGGGGCCGAGGAGGCACCCCCCCCUCCCCAUCCGCCCUCCGCGGCUCUCACCCGGGGCCGCUGGGCCGGCGGGGUAUGCGGAGGAAGUGAGCGUCUGUCGGGGCGGCCCAGGAGACAGAGCCCCUACAGGCGGGGCUGGGCCCGAGGUGGCGGGCUGGGGGUCCGGGGGGCGUGUGGUGAGCGCUGGCGGUCGGAGUUGGGGGGGGGAGGGGAUACGCCUGGAGAGGAAGGGGUUAAAGGUGGGGCCAGCCCUACAAACACGCGCACACACUCCCUACUUAGACCCGGUCACACGCCUUUCCCUGGCACUUAAUGGGGCCUUGGGGCGGGAGGGUGUUGGGCCCCGGGCCUGAACCCUCUCCACUCCAGGCUCCUGCCGCCCGGCUUUGGGAGGUCGCGGAACCCACUGUCUCAACUCACACCGCACGCCGAGCCCCCUCUUCUACGCGCACACACUCUCCGGCGCGCGCGCACACACACACACCUCAGACAUUCCCAUAGUGCCUCACGUGACACACGGCCCCGAACGUGCCCACCCUUCACACACGCUCACGCACGCGUGCACACACGCGCACACACAAACACACACGGCCUCUGGGCCACUUCCCAACUCCAUCCCUGACCCCCAGCUGCAGCCCUGCGAAGGCACUCAUUGACUGUGACACACCUACACUCAUUCACAGACACACACACUCCCCCCCCACACAUGCCAACCACAGACACACAUUCAUAAACAGGGCCAGGAGAAGUACACACGCACCCCCUCGCCUACUCUCUGGGAGCCCUGAGUCAUUCCUGCCCCCUCCCAGGGCUCCCCAUUUCCCUGUGUGCCUGCACAUGGGCGGGCUAGGGAAUUCUCUGGCCCUGCCUUCCCAGGGCCGACCCUCCCGGCUGUGUGUUCCCUCUGACACUCUGGGAGGACUUCCUGUGGGUCCCAGGUCAGGGGCGAGGAGGUCCUGGAGGGUUGCCACAGCCCUGGUGUGAGUGGGGGAGGCACUUCCUUUUCCUGAACUCUGGGAUCCUGCAGGAAGAAGCUGGGAAGUUGGGCGGGGGCCCCACAGAGGACGUCCUGACAGCGAGGGGCUGACUCUCCCAGCGCACUGGGCCUUAGGGAAGGGCUGGGGUGCCAGAGGCCUGGGAUGAGCAGCUUGGCAGAGAGGUACUUGGGGAAGCGAGGCUGGGGAUUGGAGAGGGGCUGAGGAGUGUCAAGGCAGGCCUGGCUGGGUCCUAACUUGGGAAGGCAGCCCUUUCCUGUCCACAGGUCUUCCUGGGUUCUGAAAGGAAUUCUUCCCUUCUGCUGGCCUGACUUUCUUGUCCCUACUUCUUCCCUGCCCCCCAUCCAAGUCUUCAGCUGGUUCCAGCCCCUUCGGCCAAAGGCAGCAGAGAAGAGAAGACAGCCCUUGGGGGGAACCGGGGGUGGGGGAGUACAGCUUCCAAGCUGCCUCUUGGCUGGCAACAGUGUUCCUCAGGCCAGGUCGAGGGGUAUUAGGGACAGCCUCCAGGCUGCCCUCUCCACCGUUGCUCCUGCUCUCCCAGGAGGCCCAGUGGGGGCCGAGGCCCAGGCCCUUGCCAUGGAGUCCAUGUUUGAAGAUGACAUCAGCAUCCUGACCCAGGAGGCACUGGGGCCCAGUGAGGUGUGGCUGGAUGCCCCAGGAGACCCCUCGCUGGGUGGGGACAUGUGCUCCGCCUCCCACUUUGCCCUCAUCACAGCCUAUGGGGACAUCAAAGAGCGACUGGGAGGCCUGGAAAGGGAGAAUGCCACCCUCCGCCGCCGUCUCAAAGUCUAUGAGAUCAAGUACCCGCUGAUCAAUGACUUUGGAGAGGAGCACGGCUUCUCUCUCUAUGAAAUCAAGGAUGGGUCCCUGCUGGAGAUGGAGAAGGUCAGCCUGCAGCAGCGGCUCAACCAGUUCCAGCAUGAGUUGCAGAAGAAUAAGGAGCAGGAAGAACAGCUUGGGGAGAUGAUCCAGGCUUAUGAGAAACUUUGUGUGGAGAAGAGCGACCUGGAGACAGAGCUGGGGGAAAUGCGGGCCCUGGUAGAGACCCACCUGCGGCAGAUUUGCGGCCUGGAACAGCAGCUGCGGCAGCAGCAAGGUCUCCGGGACGCCGCCUUCUCCAGCCCCAGCCCCCCGCCCACCCCUGCCCCACCAUGUGCCGAUCUGGACCUGCACUACUUGGCCCUGCGAGGGGGAUCUGGUUUGAGUCACGCAGGCUGGCCGGGCCCCACAGCCAGUGUGAGUGAGCUGGAGCGGAGGCGGUUGGAAGAGGCUCUGGAGGCUGCCCAGGGGGAGGCCCGGGGGGCUCAGCUUCGGGAGGAGCAGCUCCAGGCUGAGUGCGAGCGGCUGCAGGGGGAACUGAAGCAGCUACAGGAGAGCCGGGCCCAGGAUCUCGCCUCCAACCAGUCAGAGAGGGACAUGGCGUGGGUGAAAAGAGUCGGGGAUGAUCAGGUGAACUUGGCUUUGGCUUACACGGAGCUGACAGAGGAGUUGGGCCGGCUCCGGGAGUUGAGUGCCCUGCAGGGGAGGAUCCUGAGGACGCUGCUGCAGGAGCAGGCCCGGAGCGGCGGCCAAAGACACUCGCCGCUGUCGCAGCGCCACUCCCCGGCCCCCCAGUGCCCCUCACCGUCCCCGCCCGCCCGGGCGGCGCCCCCUGGACCUCCGUGCCAGUCCCCCGCCCCCCAGCGCCGCUCUCCCGGGCCCCCGUGCCCCUCGCCCCAGCAGCGCCGCUCGCCGGCCUCGCCCUCCUGCCCGUCGCCCGUCCCGCAGCGCCGCUCGCCGGUGCCGCCGCCGCCGCCGUGCCAGUCCCCCAGCCCGCAGCGCCGCUCCCCCGGGCCCCCCGCCUGCCCGGCCCCUCAGCCCCGGCCCCCGCCGCCCCCUCCGCCGGGGGAGAGGACGCCGGCCGAGCGCGCCUACGCCAAGCCGCCCAGCCACCACGUGAAGGCCGGCUUUCAGGGCCGCCGCAGCUACUCCGAGAUGGCCGAGGGCGCGGGCUACGCGGGCGCCUCCCCGCCCUGGCUGCAGGCCGAGGCGGCCACGCUGCCCAAGCCGCGGGCCUACGGCGGCGAGCUCUACGGGCCCGGCCGGCCCCUCAGCCCUCGGCGCGCCUUCGACGGCCUCCGGCUGCGCUUCGAGAAGCAACCGUCGGAGGAGGAGGAGUGGGCCGUGCCCACCAGCCCGCCCAGCCCCGAGGCGGGCGCCAUCCGCUGCGCCUCGUUCUGCGCGGGCUUCCCCAUCCCGGAGUCGCCCGCCGCCUAUGCCCACGCGGAGCACGCACAGUCCUGGCCGUCCAUCAACCUUCUCAUGGAGACAGUGGGCUCUGAUAUCCGCAGCUGCCCCCUCUGCCAGCUAGGUUUCCCUGUUGGGUACCCGGAUGAUGCCCUCAUCAAACACAUUGACUCCCACCUGGAGAACAGCAAGAUCUAGGGUGCCUCCCCCACCCACUGGCUGCUUCUCCAUCUUCUCUCAUCACCCCCAAACACUCACUCACUUUGAAUGCUGCAUGAAUCUCGUGGGGGGCCCCUGCCCCUUGCGACCCCCAGAUACCUCCACUAGCUACCGAGUCAACGUGUGUGCCGUCUUCCCUGGUCUAGGCACCACUCAGCCCUGGCUCUUUCCAGAAGGCCAGCCGAGGCUCUCCCCAGCUCCCUGGUUUCUGCCAGGGGGGAUGGGGGUGAGGAUCUGGGCUGGGAUGGGGAGGGGCAUCCCCCGCCCAGCCUCUCCCUCUGCCUUUCUGUUCUCAAGACAGGGUUGGAUCCAAGAAAGUGUCUAGUGCUUGGGCCUGGGGGAGGGGGAAGGUAUCAGAGGACUCUGGGAGCUCCCCUAGCUUCUCCCCAGAUGUCCAUCUUUCUCAGGCUGUGCUCUGUCCAGGGAGCACCUCUCGGUGGGGUCCCAGAGCCUGCCUUGCACAAGGAUACUGGUUCCUCCAUCCCAUGGCCAGCUCUGGGCUCUUGGCACGGUCUGCCCUCCUUAGGGGAAGGAGGCAUCUCAUUUCUUGCCAUUCCCUGCAGCCAGUCUUGUUCUCCUCUGCCCCCCUGGGGGUGAGAGUGGAGAGGGAGGACCCUGCAGGACUGGGAGGAUUCAGCCUAAAGAGGCUGCCCUUAGGGCAGGGGUGGUGGUGGUGAGGGGGACACCCUGCACCAUGACCCCCAGGCCAGGGGAGUGUCUGUGCUAGCCUCCCAGGCCCCUGCAACCCCCCAGAGCCCCUUGCACCAAGACACAGAUGGUUAAGACAGAUGCUCGCCUCCACCCUUACACUACUCGAGUCCCUGAACACAGUUGCCCUGGAACCUGUGUGUAACUCGGCCUCUGUUAGCUGGGUGGGUGUCGUCAGCCCUGCCUCCCAGGCCAGAACCUGAGGCUGGGCCGAGGGUGCUGUUGGAGAUCAACUUCAAAAGAGCUAACCCCCUUCCCAUACCCCAGCGACCCACAUUCCCUCUGUGAAAUCUACCUCAGAGUCGUACCCUCAGAAGGAUGGGUAAGCAGGAGGCCAGGGGGUCCCUAGGGCUGAGGUGGGGAGCUUCCUAAGGCAAGAGCCUGCUGCCCCACGAUGAAUCCAACUCUCCCCCACUGCUCCCCGCUGCGAGCCUCUCCCAGGUAUUAGCCCAGGGCUGGUGGCAGUGGGCGCUACCCGUCAGUGCAUGUCCCAUUCUGAUCCAACACUUCCAGCCCCCCCCCCACCUCCUCACACCCCUCUCCUCCCCCUCAGUGCAGGGGAGUGAAGAGGUGUGUCAGGCAGGAAGGGACCAAGGACUCCAGAGACACAUGGCACUGUACCUUGAGGGUUCCCCUGGGGAGGGGAAGUGGAGAAGGGGGCCUGAAGAGGGAGGUGGGGGCCCCUGAGCUCUCUGAACAAGUUGAAAGUCCAAAUAAAACUUACCUGUUCCAUCUGC